UCAAUAAAAAUCAAGUGACCGGUAGCCAUUCGACAGUCACAAGCACGAGAGCUCAGGUUCAUCGGCUCAAGUAAGGACGUCGAGAAAGGGAGACCGGCGAUGGCAAGCGGGGAAGCGAAGGGGGAGACGGUGCUGGUCACUGGCGCGAGCGGCUUCAUCGGCUCGACCCUCGUCCGCCUCCUCCUCGACCGCGGCUACAGCGUCCACGCUGGCGUCCUCAACCCCGAUGACAAGGCGGAGACGGACCACCUCCACGUGCUCGCCGCCAGCGCCGGUGAGGGCCGCCUCCGCAUCUUCCGGUGCGACCUUCUCGACGGCGCCGCCCUUCACGCCGCUGCCCGGGGAUGCUCGGGCGUCUUCCACCUCGCGUCCCCCUGCACCGUCGACCGCGUCGUCGACCCCCAGAAGCAACUGAUGGUGCCGGCGGUGGAGGGGACGCUGAACGUGCUGCGCGCGGCCAAGGAGGCCAGGGGAGUGCGGCGGGUGGUGGUGACCUCGUCCAUCUCUGCCAUCGUGCCCAGCCCGGGGUGGCCGGCCGGCGAGGUCCGCGACGAGCGGUGCUGGACCGACAUCGACUACUGCGAGAAGAACGGGGUUUGGUACCCUGCUUCAAAGACACUGGCAGAGAAGGCGGCAUGGAAGUUUGCAGAGGAGAAUGGGCUCGAUGUGGUUGUGGUUAACCCGGGGACCGUUUUGGGGCCGAUGAUUCAACCAACCAUCAAUGCUAGCAUGGCCAUGUUUCUUCGACUCCUCGAAGGUUGCACAGAGGAGUACGCUGAUUUUUUCAUGGGGGCGGUCCAUGUGGAAGACGUCGCGUUGGCCCAUAUCCUGCUUUUCGAGAACCCAUCGGCGUCCGGGAGGCACAUCUGCGUGGAGUCCAUCGCCCACUGGAGCGAUUUCGCGGCCGGAGUCGCCGAGCUCUAUCCCAACUACAAAGUGCCCAAGUUCCCCAAGGACACCCAACCUGGGCUGCUCAGAGCGGAGGCUGCGUCAAAGAAGCUCAUCGCGCUGGGGCUGCAGUUCAGUACUGUAGAGAAGAUCAUCAGGGAUGCUGUGGAGAGCCUCAAGAGCAGAGGGUACAUCUCCCGAUGGUUGGGUGAUCCUGUACCCUGCUAGUAUGGUUUGUAACUAGUAAUAAGCAUGCGGCUAAAUAAUAAUAUACCGCUGGAAAGGCACAAUCUGAAACUAAGUUCCAAUGGAAUUCAGAAACAGGGAAAUCUCGAAGGUGA